AUGGCUCUCACUCACGGCCACUCCGACCCAGCUUUCAGCCGGGUUCGCGAUCUGCUGCAGCAAUAUCUCACCUCGGAGGAAGAACUCGGAGCCUCCAUCUGCGUCAAUAUCGACGGACGGAAUGUCGUGGACCUCUGGGGCGGCUACGCUGACACGGCCCGGACCAAGCCAUGGGAAGAGGACACUCUCACCGUCGUCUGGUCCGUCUCCAAGGUCAUCACCGCCAUUGCCAUCCACAUCCUCAUCGAUCGUGGUCUUCUAGAUCCGAACGAAAAAGUCGCCAAGUACUGGCCCGAGUUCGCUGCCAACGGCAAAGAAAACAUCCUCGUUUCCCACAUCCUCAGUCACACCUCGGGCGUGUCCUCCUGGGAACUCCCCAAUACCAUCGAGGAUAUCUACGACGUGAAAAAGUCAACCGACAAGCUGGCCACCCAGGCCCCCUGGUGGACUCCCGGGACCCAGUCCGGGUACCAUCUCGUCCGUCGCACGAGUGGCAAACCGCUGGAGGAUUUCAUCCGCGAUGAGCUAGCCGGGCCGUUAGCUGCGGAUUAUCGACUGGGAGUGCCAGAGGAAGACUGGCCCCAGACGGCGGAUAUGGAUCCCCCGCCGCCGCUGAACCUCGAAGGCAUCGACCAGCAGAGUAUCGCAUUCCGGACUUUUGUCAGCAUCCUCAUGCCGGCGGAAGCAUCCAUGACUCCUGCCUUUCGACAGGCCAAGAUUGGCGCGAUGAACGGGUUCAGCAAUGCCCGAGCAGUCGCUCGCAUCGGAUCGGUGGUGUCCCUCGGGGGCCAGGUGGAUGGCAAGCAGUACCUUUCCCCUCGCACGAUUGACCGCAUGCUGGAGGAGCAAAUCGCCGGGACAGAUUUAGUCUCAUACCAGCAUUUACGCUUUGGCCUGGGAGUGGGGUUGCCCGUCCCGCAGACGCUACCGUGGUUGCCAGACGGUCGCAUUGGGUUCUGGUGCGGCUGGGGAGGUUCGACGGUGAUCAUGGAUGUGGAGAGACGGAUGACGAUUGCGUAUACGAUGAAUAAGAUGGGGCCGGGGAUGUUGGGCACAGACCGAACGGCGGCGUACGUACGGGCCAUCUAUGAGGCGGUUGCCUAGUGCCUAUUACCUCGUCAGCCGGCCAUACCAGGCAACGUGUUUUGUUCCUGUGAUUUUGGCGCUAGGUGACGGAGUUGCAUUUAUUGCUAGAAUCCUG